AUGGUUUUGUCCAGCAGGCCUUUCUAAAAGUAAGACAAUGUAGUAAUUUAAUGUAUAAUUUGCAAAUCAUUGUUAAAGAACAAUAAAAGCCACGGAGUAAAUACUAACAUUUCGAGGACAAGCUUUAAAAGAUCAACGCGGUAACUUGUAACACUACACGUGGAUUGCAGCUACGGUGGCGCUAAAAAGGGAAACCACAGUUAAGACCCGCUGGUCCCCACUGGUGAGCACUUCAGAGGCAAACACUUUUAUUUUUGUCUUCCAGGGGGAAUUGAAAUAGCCAAGAUGCCUGAGAAAGCACCGGAGAGAAAAUCUCAAAUCUCCGCCUCUCGGAAGCUCAUGCUAAAGAGCUUGAUGGUCGCCAGGGCCCAGGAGGAGCUGGAGCAGGAGUUCGAAGAAAAAGAGGACCAGAAGGCAAAGUACCUGGACGAAAGAUCUCCUCCUGUACAGAUCGGUGGCUCGUCCUCAGACGAGCUGCAGAGGCUAUGCGAAGAGCUGCAUGCCAAAAUAGACGCGGUGGACGACGAGCGGUACGAUAUCGAAGCCAAAGUCUCGCACAACACCAGAGAGAUCAAAGACCUGAACAUCAAGGUCUUGGACCUGCGGGGGAAGUUUAAGAGGCCUGGUCUGAGAAGGGUGAGGGUCUCUGCUGAUGCCAUCCUGCGCUCCCUGCUGGGCUCCAAGCACAAGGUCUCUCUGGACCUGCGAGCUAAUCUCAAAUCGGUCAAGAAGGAGGACACAGAAAAGGAGAAGACGGCGGAGGUGAGCGACUGGAGGAAGAACGUGGAGGCCAUGUCGGGCAUGGAGGGCCGCAAGAAGAUGUUCGACGGGGCGAAAGGCCAAACCCAGUAA